AUGGCCGCGGUCGUCGCGAGCUCGACCCUCCGCGUCCGCGCGCUCGCGCUCGCGGCGAGGCGCUCGCGCGUCGCCGCGUCCGACCACGGGGCCCCGGGCCACCUCCGACGCGUCGCCGCGGUCGGCCCGGUCCGAUCGGUCCGAUCGCGUCGCGCGCUCUCCGCGCGCGCGGAGGUGGACCAGUCGCUGAACCCGCGCGUCGCCGCGCUGCGCCCGUCGAAGACGAUGGCGCUGACGGACCUCGCGCGCGCGAUGAAAGAGAGCGGCCUGCCCGUCAUCGGCCUCGCCGCGGGCGAGCCGGACUUCGACACCCCGGCCGCGAUCGUCGAGGCUGGACGCGACGCGAUAACCCGAGGCUUCACGCGGUAUUCCCCCAACACGGGCACGGAGGCGCUGAGGAAGGCGGUGUGCGAGAAGCUUAAGGAGGAGAACGGGUUGGUGUACGCCCCGGAGGAGAUCGUCCUGAGCAACGGCGCGAAGCAGUCCUCCGUCAUGGCGACGACGGGCCCCGGGGACGAGGUCAUCAUCCCGGCGCCGUACUGGGUCAGCUACCCCGAGAUGGUCCGCCUCAGCGGCGCGGAUCCGGUGAUCGUCCAAACCACCUCGGACGAGGGUUUCCUUCUCACCGCGGAGAAGUUGAAAGCGGUGUUGAAACCGAGCUCGAGGCUGUUGAUCCUGUGCUCGCCGUCGAAUCCCAGCGGCGCGGUGUACUCGAGAGAGGCGCUGGAAGCGAUCGCCGACGUCGUCCGAACGCACCCGAGACUCUUGGUCCUCGCGGAUGAGAUCUACGAACACAUCACGUACGCGCCGGCGACGCACGUCUCGUUCGCGGGGCUGCCGGGGAUGAUGGAGCGGACGCUCACGGUGAACGGGUUCAGUAAAGCGUUCGCAAUGACCGGCUGGCGUCUCGGGUACCUCGCCGCGCCGAGGGCGUUCGCGAAAGCCACGGCGACGAUCCAAGGCCAGAUCACGAGCGGGCCGUCGUCCAUCUCGCAGCAAGCCGCGAUCGCGGCGUUGGGACUCGGCCUCAACGGCGGCGCGCCCGUCGCGGCGAUGAAGAAGGCUUUCGAGACGCGCCGCGAUUUCGUCGCCGCGCGCCUCUCGAACAUCCCCGGCGUGAAACUCGACGUCCCCGCGGGCGCCUUCUACGUCUUCCCGGACGUCUCCGCGCUCGUCGGCGACGGCGCCAGCGCGGAGGGGUUCGGCCCCGUCGCGGACGGCGACGAGCUGUGUCGGUACCUCCUCGAGAAGGCGCAAGUCGCGCUCGUGCCCGGGAGCGCGUUUGGCAACCCGGAGUGCGUUCGGAUAUCAUACGCGGCGAGCGACGACACGCUGAAAGAGGCGCUGGAUAGGAUCGAGAAGGCGCUGAACCCGGAGGUGUACACGCGGCCGUGA